UGAGCUUUAAAGGUCACAUUAAGGUAAGGAAUGAUUGAAUCUUAAUAAUUUGGCAGCCCCGCGUACAGUUUGCACCAUAAAUGUAUUCCAAAAAGAAAUCCGGUCGUGCGCAAAUUGGAGUGGUAAGUAAAGGGAGCGGUGGAGAAGUGCGCGACACACCUUCGGAAUCAAUUGAUGGGGAAGAAGAGCAUCGCAGAGGUUGGAGCGGAAGACUUGGUGCAAGCUGGGCUCUCCCCGGACGAAGCCGCCUCGCUCCACACACAGCUCAAGGACGCCAUUGCUCUGUCGCGCCGUCUUCCUCCAACAACUCACGACGGCGCCGUCGACGUCUGGCGGGAAAUCACCGCUCGGAGGUUGCUAAGGCCAAGCCACCCGCACGCUGUACACCAGCUUCUCUACUACUCCGUUUACCAUAACUACGAUGAGUCCUCCUAUGGCCCUCCUCUCUUCUGCUUCCCUUCUCUAGAUGAAGCUAAAGCUACAAAUCUAGGGCGUCUAAUGGAAAGACAUGGUCCGAAGGUUUUGGGGACAAGCUACAAGGAUCCAAUUGCAAGUUUUAGACAAUUCCACAAGUUCUCUGUUGAGCAUCCGGAGAUAUACUGGUCAUUUGUUUUGAAAGAGCUGGCAAUUCAAUUCCAGGAAGACCCGUUGUGCAUUCUGGAUACCUCUGAUCCAUCCAAGCACGGGGGCACGUGGCUCCCUGGUUCAGUUCUCAAUAUAGCUCAAUGCUGCUUGCUGCCCAGUGCUUACCACAAAAAGGAGGACACCAGCUUGGCCAUUGUGUGGAGGGAUGAAGCCCAUCACGGUGACCAUGCACCACUUCAUUCUAUCUCUCUUCAACACCUCCGAGACCAAGUCAUGGUAGUGGCAAACGCACUAGAUUUAGUUUUCGCAAAGGGAGACAGAAUUGCCAUUGACAUGCCAAUGACAGAAAAAGCAGUCAUUAUUUACUUGGCAAUUAUACUGGGAGGCUUUGUUGUUGUCUCCAUUGCUGACAGUUUUGCGCCCACUGAGAUUGCCACCCGUUUACGAGUCUCCAAUGCUCAGGCCAUCUUUACGCAGGAUUUUAUCGUGCGAGGUGGCCGGCGGUUUCCUUUAUACAGUCGCGUUGUAGAAGCUUCUCCAAAGAGAGCCAUUGUGGUCCCCGUGAAUGGAGAGGAUGUUCAAGUUCAGCUAAGACAUCAGGACGUGUCAUGGAAAACUUUUCUUGCUGCUCCUCUUCACCUUCCUAGACCAAGUAAUUACACACCGGUUUAUCAACCAAUAGACUCUAUCACCAAUAUACUAUUCUCUUCUGGAACAACAGGAGAUCCAAAAGCAAUACCUUGGACCCACCUCUCCCCCAUGAGAGGUGCUGCUGAUUCAUGGGCUCAUUUUGAUGUCCAAGCUGGAGAUGUCUUUUGCUGGCCUACAAGUUUAGGAUGGGUGAUGGGGCCUACUAUAGUAUAUGCCUGCUUUUUGACUGGUGCAACUCUAGCACUCUAUCACGGAUCUCCUUUAGGUCGUGGUUUUGGAAAAUUUGUUCAGGAUGCAGGGGUAAGUAUUUUGGGAACUGUUCCAAGCUUGGUGAAGGCCUGGAAAAGCACAGACUGUAUGAAAGGCUUAGACUGGACUAGGAUAAGGGUAUUUGCUACUACUGGAGAAGUCUCUAAUGUUGAUGAUGACCUAUGGCUUACUUCAAGGGCUUACUAUAGACCAGUUGUUGAAUGUUGUGGUGGUACAGAGCUUGCAUCAACCUAUAUUGCCGGAAACCUUUUGCAACCACAAGCUUUUGGAGCAUUUAGCUCAGCAUCUAUGUCUGUUGGCAUUGUUAUCCUUGAUGAAGAUGGGCAUGCUUAUCCAGACGAUAAAGCUUGCAUGGGUGAGGUUGCUUUAUUCCCUAUCAAUAUGGGAGCUAGUGAUAGGUUACUAAAUGCUGAUCAUGAAAGAGUAUACUUCAAGGGAAUGCCCGUGCACAAUGGAAUGCAACUUAGGAGGCACGGUGACAUCCUUAAAAGAACAGUUGGUGGUUAUCUCGCUGUACAAGGGAGAGCUGAUGAUACCAUGAAUCUUGGGGGCAUUAAAACAAGCUCAGUUGAGAUAGAGCGUGUUUGCAACCUGGCUGACAAAAAUAUUGUCGAAACAGCUGCUGUCAGCGCAUCACCCGCAACUGGCGGUCCCGAACAAUUAGUUAUAUUUGUGAUGGUCAAAGAGGGAUUUAAGGUUUCACCAAAAGAACUGAAGACUAAAUUUUCAAGAUCCAUACAGAGCAACCUUAAUCCUUUGUUCAAGGUGAGCGCUGUAAAGAUUGUCCCAAGGUUCCCACGAACCGCUUCAAAUAAGGUAAUAAGGAGAGCUCUAAGGGAUGUAUGGAAGCAGGAGCUUCUUGAGACGCAGAGUAAGCUUUAGCUGAGGCUGAGGAUGGGGACACUACCCCCUCCCCGCAUAUGUCAUCAAGAAAUGAACCAUUCGGAAAAUAACAUUGUAGAAGCCUCAAGUUUUACUACAUCUGAGACUAAUUUUAUCCAGCGCUACAUUCUUUGGCUGAUUACAUUUGCUUUUAAAAUGUCCCAGGGCUGCUACCUGCUAGAUAUAUCAUAUACUAUCCUCCGUAUCUCAUUAAUUGCAACAUUGGAAUAUAUACACUAUUCAUGUACUUUAUCUUGACUACAUUUUAUUUAUUAAUAUAUGUGAUUUAUUUUUUUUUGAAAAA